AUGAGGACCCCCAUGGUCCUGGUCGAGGCCCUUCCUGAGCCGCGCCCCAACGAUGCCAUGCUUCCUGUGGAGCUGAACCGCACCUCACUGUACUGGGGCCUGCUGCUCAUCUGCAUCCUUUCGGUGCUCUUCUCCAGCUACUUCUUCAACUGA